UGUUCGCUUAGCGUAGCUCCGCUGCGUCAUCACGGCGUGCACGUGGACGGCUAACACUCGCAAUAAUAACCGUGGAUGUGGCGAUCGCGCGUGUCUGCUCUCGUGGAGGGAGCGAUGAACGCGCAGUGACGCAGCCCAGCAUCUUUUAAAGAACGUCCUACACCAGGAUGAAGGGCCGGACGGGGGCUCCUCAGGACCGAGGCUGUUUGGUGGGAAUCAUUUUCUUCAUUCUGGGCCUGGGAACUCUGCUGCCAUGGAACUUCUUCAUGACCGCUUCACUGUAUUUCCAAGGUCGCCUGAACACAACAGAGUGGGUCAACAACACACAGGUGGUCCGCAAAGAGUACUACUUCAACAACUGGAUGACUCUCUUGUCCCAGCUGCCCCUGCUGCUGUUCACCCUGCUCAACUCGUUCCUCUACCAGAGGAUAUCGGAGGCCGUGCGCGUCGCAGGGAGCCUCGUUUUCAUCCUGCUGCUCUUCAUCCUCACAGCAGUGCUGGUUAAAGUGCCCAUGGAAGAGGACCUCUUCUUCUCAGUUACCAUGGCUACAAUCUGGUUCAUCAACUCGUUCGGGGCCGUCCUGCAGGGCAGCCUCUUCGGCCUGGUGGGUCUGCUGCCGCAGAAGUACAGCACCAUCUUCAUGAGCGGCCAGGGCCUCGCCGGGACCUUCGCUGCCGUCGCCAUGCUGCUAGCCAUAGCCAGUGAUGCUGACUCAGAGUCCGCAGCGUUGGGUUACUUCAUCACGCCGUGCGUGGGCACACUGGUCACGCUCUUCAGCUACCUGCUUCUGCCCUGCCUGAAGUUUGCUCAGCAUUAUCUGAACAAGAGCAGAGAGUACGAGGCCGGCGCCACAAAGGAGCUGCUGACGGAGAGCAGCGCGGUGGAGAACGGCAAGCCCAGCUGCCACGCGAACGGCGCCGCCAAGCGCGGCCCGGCUGAGGAGGCCGAGGCCGAGUCCAGCACAGACGGCACCAAGCAGGCCUUCCUGGAGCUGGAGCAGCUGGAGCCGGCGCCGGCCAAGGCCUCGGUCUUCGAGGUCUUCAAAAAGAUCUGGGUGAUGGCGUUCUGCGUGACCUUUGUGUUCACGGUCACUCUGUCUGUGUUCCCGGCGGUCACCGCUGAUACCAGAACCACGUUCCCGGGGAGAUGGGAGCGCUUCUUCAUCUCCGUGUGCUGCUUCUUGAUGUUCAACUUCAACGACUGGCUCGGCCGCACCAUCACCACGCUGAUACGCUGGCCUCGUAAAGAGUCUCGCCUGUUCCCAGCGCUGGUUGUCUCCAGGGUGGUGUUCAUUCCUCUGCUCAUGCUCUGCAACGUCCAGCCCCGCAGCUUUCUUCCUGUCUACUUUUCCCACGAUGCUGUUUUUGCUGUCAUCAUGGUUGUCUUCUCCGUGUCCAGCGGCUACUUCGUUUGCCUUUCCAUGUCCUACGCACCACAGUUAGUGGACCCAAAGGACGCAGAGACGGCUGGAGCCCUGAUGACCUUCUUCUUGGCCCUGGGACUGUCCAUAGGAGCAGCUUUGUCUUUUCUCCUCAGAGCUCUGGUCUAGAUGUGCUGCCUAGAGACACUGCAGCUCCGCCAGUUAUGUUAUCUGCUGCUAACCUGAAGCGAGGUUAGAAAACAUGUGUACAGUUUGACUUUUUUUUUAUAUUGACUUGUAGGCUUAAUUCAGUGGUCCAGGGCAUUUUUCAGCUGAUGGGCACAUAAAAGGGAACAUUUAGCAAGACUGAGUGAAUCACUUUCCAUUUGCUGCAGUCAGAGUAGAGUAUAUAUCAUGGAAGCGGUUUGUUUUUACUCGGGAUGCCUUUUGAUUAGCUUAGAGUUUAUUGGAGGAGUAUGAUUUAGAUUAUUUCCUAAUAGAACAAGUAUAUUAACAACACAGACAAGCAAAACAUCUAGGAUUAUUGCUCCGUUAAUACAUUUGAAGUGGCAGAUUAAUGACUGACUCGGGAGCAUGAAUGGAUUACUGAACGCAUGUGGUUACUUCUACAGCUAACACUUCAAUGGGCAGUUUUGCUGUCGGAGAUAAAAAUGAAUCAUUAUUAACACACUAAAUCCUAUCGCCUGUUUCUCUAGUUGAACACUUUUCUGUAACGUUAAACAGCCAGGGCUGAUGACGUCAGGUGAACCAGCAUGUUGCCCUAAAGGCACCAGCAGAGCCAGUGGUCUCUGUUAUCAAAGCGUCUACUGCCACCUACUGGCCGAAAGGCUUUAGGUUUGUUUUUGUUUUCAGUAUUUUUAUGACUGACAGGAAGCCCCUUGAGGCUGCACCCUGAAACCGUGACGAUGCAUUCUCAAUUUGUUUGUUUCAAACGUCUUGACGUGUCUGGAGCAGCUACUGCUACAUCAGCAUGUUACUGUGGUCAUAUUAACCAGCUGAAAUAAUUAGUAUUGAUACAAAAAAGGUUGCAAUGCAAUCGCUGAUGUAGCAGGCAAUACAUUUUUAUCUUGGCCACGAUUUAAUUUAUUUAUUUUUUUAAGAUAUUGCCACCAAAUGUGCCAAUCUUCAAUGACAAAUUAACUCUUGCAAAAUGCUUUGCAUAAAAAAAUAAUUUAUUUAUCCUGAAUGUAGAAUUGUUUUUUUAACCCCAUGACACAGUCUAUACAGACUGUACAUUUGUCUGCACUCACCCUAAUUUUGGGUUUUGUUUUCACCGAUGAGUCCCGAGAGGAUUAAAUUUUGUUGCAGUAGUUUUAAUUUGGGCUGCGUCCCCUAAUUUAAAAAAAAACAAACAAACACAUCAAGUGUUUCUCGAUGUCUAGUCCACUGCCAGGCCUGAACUGUUACAGCAGCUGAAAUGUACCACAUUUCCUGCAGCAUGUAAACACAACGUCAGGAAUGGAGACGUUUGAAGUUCAUUUCAUGUUUGUUUUUUGGCGGUCAUGCUACUGUAUAACUUUGCUAAACAUCCGGCUCAGAAGAACACAGUUACUGGUUUCGUGAAGAGAAUGUGAAAUUCAGGAGUUGGAGUAGAAUCAGCCUUAACAGCCCAGCUGUCUGUAAAUACAGGCUGCUGCCUGCUGCUCUUGUAAUUAGUCUGCGCUUGUUGUUAAUUGCUAAUGUGUCAACACGGCACAGCAGGGAAUCCUGAAUCAUUAGCUGUGUAACAAAGAGAAUACUUGUGUGCUACAACAUGAUUAAUAUUUAAUGUAAUCUAUACAAACAGAUUAUGUUACAAGUUCAGUGCAGAGGAACUUCAGACCACGAGUUACAGUAAAGGGAAUUGUUGCCUGUAUGCAUGUUUGUUUCUGUAGAGAUUUGAGUGAAUAAAUGGACGGUUUCCAUCA